AUGGGAGUAAAGAUUUUCCAUAACCGCAAAGAAAGUUCGGGUAAGAAAUAAGAGUAAGGAAAUGGAAAUUGCUUUUCUAUACGUUAUUCUUUUCUCUCCAUUGCCCUUCUCUAUAGUAUUGUCUCCAUUCAAGGUAAAAUACUUACAUGCUUCUUGAAAAAUUAUUGGCAGUUUCCCUUCGCGAGAAUUUUAUCAUUCUACUUUUCCUUUUAUCGCCUAAACCUGCAGAAAAUAGUGGAGAUCAAAUGGAUAAACAGUGGAUUAUGAAAGAGAGAGUUCUUUUUUGUGCAGUAAAAAUUGACUGAACUGAACACCAAACAGGAAUGGUUAAUUUAGGAAACAUAGGUCAGUUCCAUUAAGCACGAUUCAUCAUCUUAAUGUUUAUCGACUGUUACCUCACAACCGUCACUUCCGGGGAAAUCGUUUUAGUUAUUCUUCAUCACUUCUUUAACUCUGCUUGAUUUUAUUUUUUCUAUUUUUCAGGUUAUAUUUGUUAUAUAAUUUUUUAUUUCUUUAAAUCCUAGCCACAGAUUCAUGUCUUAAAGACAAUGGCCGAUGUGAUCAAUUGUGUCUCUAUCUGCCGUUCCGUGGACGACACAGAUGUCUCUGUGAAGAGAACUUUUUCUUGAGUGAAAAUGGAAAACAUUGCAGCGAACGCCGUCAAUCUCCCAGCGAAGGUUAAGUCUUACAGCCUGUUUUCUAGUGACUGUGUCAUCUAGCACUAGCACAGCUUUAAACCAUCCGGCAUUCGCAAGGUAAUCAAUUCUUUGCCACCCGCGUGCCAAUUUCAAAGGAUUCUAACAGCAACCUAGCUUUUACAAUGUUGGCACAUGCGCAGACAUCUGACUGCUGUGUUCAUCGCAGUUAACCUCUCUCUGAGUGGACUGAGUCACUGUAAGAGGAAAGUAUAUUGCUCAACAACUCAUCAUAAUGACUUUGCUAGUGCAAGAUGAUGUUUAAAGAAGUAGUUUUACAUUCUUUUGGAUUGCUUUCAAUGAAUAUUCGAUAAAAUCGAAGGGUUAUGACAUUUUUGUAGGAGUUACCGAAUCAACACCAACGCCAACCAGUGUGGCCCACUCCUUCCAGACAGGAAUACUGUCGAUUGUCAUCUUACUACUGGUGGUAGUGGGGAUAGUAUACUGUGUGGUUCGCGUCAUCAAAAAAUGCUGUCCGUGUCAAAGACCUGAAGACCUACCGCGCAUACCCAGACAGUCGACAAAUCCUGAUGACAGAACUGAACAGGGUGAAGAUUUACUCGAAAUUACCGACCAAACUGACCUUGAAAAUGCAGGCUCACAGCCACCUAAAGAGUCGUCAAAUCUUAUUGGUCGAGACUACAGUCGUGAGCCGUCAGGGUCAGUUGCAGCAUGCGAGGAUUCAUCACAAACCGUAAGUAAUAGUUAAAACAAUCUACUUUAUGCUUCUUGGUGGUUUUAAAAGUACCUACUUUAGUCAGAAUUCCUUCUCUUUGCGCCUGUAGGAUGAAUGUAAUCGGGGCAAGGAGGAGGGAUGGGGUGCGGACAAAGUAAAGAGAUGAGAGCAGAAAAAGGGGGGCUUAGGGAAGACCCCAUUUUCACCAUUUUUGCAUCUCUCGGCUUCCAUAAGGCUUGUCCAUCCCCUUCAUUCUAACACGUUAUCGUCGGCUAUCUCUCUUUACCUUUGUUUCAAAUUCAGGAAAUAGGGAUCGAACAUCCUCACUUACCUCUCGCCCCCUUCAUCUGGUUUCACCAGAAAUGCCACCUAUACACACUCUCCCCCAAUUCUAACACUCUUUUAAGCCUUUAAAGAGGCUUCUGUGUCCUCACACAGUUGUCAUUCCGUCAGUUGGAGAAAACAUUCUUAAUUGAUAGUAUUCGUUUAAUAGACAUUUAUUUCAUAACAUAUCGAGCACCUUGUGGUAAUUUCCUCGUAGCUCGAGACGCGGAGAAAGGCAUAAGAAGGUUAUCGUGUUGAGAUAAAUUCUUCUUUUCUUGGGUUAAGUUUUUUCUUCCUCACUCGAGGAACUAGAGAGAGGCGAUGCCUACGGGUUCCUUUCACACGUAUAUAAAAUCGACGCUAUCUUACGCGCAAAAAUUAUACAAAGGCAAAGGAGGUACCCAUGAGUCCCUCAGGAUUUCAGGACGAAUGCUUUCUCUAUUACCUUUGUCGACAUAACCCCACACUUCGAGAUCGCUCUGUCAGAUCAAUCAUCUGAUUUUCUGUCAUACUGCCGAUCGUUUUUCAUUUCUUGCUUACUUUUUCGCUGUUUUGUUAACUUUUAGUCACCCAAAAGUUUGGUGGUGUACUUUGAACAACAUGGUGGCGUGGCAAUUCUAGGAGAUGAUGCCCAACUACACCAUCAUUCUUCUCCUCAGAGUUAACGUAAUUAAAAAGUUACAAAGACAUUCCAUGAACUGAUUAGCACAUUUAAAGACUAAAGUCGCCAUUUUAAGAACAUGUCUGCAUUUGGGUUGGAGAACUUCACUGUGAAAUAACUCCGUCACAUCGUUAACUAUUUCUACGGUAUUAUUUAUUUCUUCAUUACCUUGUCUUGAAUAGUUUGUAGCGAUGAUGUGUCUGCGAUUCUAUAUACUCCUUCUUUACCUGUGAAAGAAGUCUCGUUCAAAAUGUUCAAUAAGAUCAACAUUGUACUCAGCACCAACUUUAAGACCUAAAACAUGACUCAACGUGCAGGGCAAUUUUCCACUGAAGAUGGAAAGUAACCUGAAUCGUGUUUACUUCCGUUCUACUGUCGGUGAUCACUUUACGUUGCUAAAAAUAAAUCGCGACGGUCGCUCUCGUUUUUCUCAGCCGCAAAUGUUCUAGCUGUUUAAACUUUGAUUUCUCGUUGACUUCGUUUGAUGUUGACCAUCUGUCCGAUAGAUCAUUCUGAUUGGUCUCGGUUGUGCAACACUUGGUAGAAAUGUCCUUGAUCUCGUGUUUGUGAGGGCUGAUCCUUGUUAGCAGUUGCAGUUUUUCUUUGGAUUUUAAACCUUUUUUUCUCCAACUCUUUAAUGCGACAUGUUCAAAUAAUUUUUAAUGUGAAGUGCUAUUUUCAAAUAGGUCGAUAUUUCUAUAAAUAUUUUAUCAAUUAGGGUUAUCUUCUGCUAAACGAUUGUGGAGGACUUAUAUAUGAGAUUAACAGUAAUCGUUUAUUGGUUGUCGUGAAACACUUUUUCACAAAGAACAUUGGGUGGCACACGUAAAAAAUAGCUCUGAUCCUCUCAGUGGUGGAUUGUGGCAGAUUCUGACCACUUUAGGAGGCAGAGAAGUCACACUCUUUUCAACUAAAUUAAACCAGGUGUUGUCUUUGUACCGAUGUAUCUAACCCGUGUAGAUCUGAAUUUUACUUACGGGUGUUAGGAAACCUUUCUCCCCCCUUAAGCUUGGGGUGAUGCUGGGUUUAACAUGUCUAAGAUAUAUGCAUAGCAAUUUUUUUAGUACAGUACCUAGAGAUUGUAAAAUAUUGUAAUAAUAUAGUCAGUUAUGUUUUCCCAGUUUUGUUUAGUUCCCUCUUAAGCGAGUAGGUGCCCCUCCCCACCCAUGCUGGGGCUUUAGGAAUGAAAGGUCUCUUAGUAGAUAGAUUGUAGUAUCUGGUAUAGACAGUUAGGAUACCUAUAUCCAGGGUUGACAUUUCAGAGAUCUGUUUCUUCUGGUUACUUCGUAAAUAAAUGGUUUGAGUUAAAUGUACAUAAAAUAUUAAAAUGUAGCCAUCUAUAAAAUGUUUAAGUAUAGAAUACAAGAAGUUGCAGAAUUAGUGA